UACCAAAAUCAAUUUCGUCGCCAAAUUUUUCAAUGAAUGAAUGAAUAAGCCAAUAAUAAGUAUAUGCGAUGGAGCCCGUUUCUUUGAAACGUCCAAAACCCGGUGACGGAGAGGAGGAGUUAUUUCAUAUGCAAGAAGAAUUUCUCAAGUCCAAACACGAGGCAGCAGCCAAAGUAAUAAAUCUUCGCCAACAGAAUAAAGUACCCGUCAUUCAGACACAUGAAAAUCCUGUUCGUAAGCAAGGCUCAGUCUUUGCAGAAUGCAGACGAAACAGAUAUCAAGGUAAACAAAAGACGACAUCGCAGUCAGACAGAGAUAUUUUAAACACUCAAGUUUCUGAAGCAGUAAUUCGUGACAAUGUUGUACAAAAGACUGUUGAAUCGGUGUCAAGUACAACAACAUUACCGUCUAACAUACUUCUGGGAAAUAUCGUAGAAAAGAAGUACGAUAGGAUUUCUCAAACAGAAUCUGGCGAUACCUUGCCUUCGAACACAUCUGCAAUGGGUUUUCCGAAGGUUUUUGUUUCAGAGAAAACGGUACCAAACAGCAGAGAGAGUUUGUUCCAACAACAAAUUAUCAAGUCCAUACAACCAUCAAACACAGUAAAUCCUUUGAAUGCAGAAUUACGAACUUUAUCAAGUACAGAUAAUAGUGUAUUAGUUGAAGGACCAUGGUCAACAGAAAUUCAUACAGCCAACCUGCAAAGGCUUAAUAAUAUGACAAAAGAAGAAAUCAUGAAAUCAAAAAUGAAAUUGUACUCAACACUAGACCCUAUGACAAUAGAAUACAUAAAAAAUAGAAAAAAGAGAAAAUUACAAGACAAAGAAAUUGUAGAUAGUAUGCAAGGAGAAAUGGAAGUUAUACCAUCUAAAUCAGAAACAGGAACUUCUUCUGGCCAGCAAUAUGAAACUGCAGGUAAAUACCAUGAAGAGGUUUUUUGUGAAGAAGAUGAUAGAAAUAUCCCAAAACCAUCAGCAGAAAUUAUUCAACAAGUGGAAGAGAAGGGCUGGCUUCACAUGGACACGAUAGAAUCAGAAAAGUUGAAAUGGAUGGAAGAAAUGCCGGCAACAUCAAAUACUACCCAGCCAGAAGAACCGUACAAUGCACGUUUUGACUUUAAUGGGAUGUUGCUUCCAUUUACGGAUGAAAAUCUAACAGUGGACAAAGGUCUACAUCACCAUGGAGAAGAGCCUGAACGUCCAGGUUACUCUCUCCAAGAAUUAUUGCAGUUGAGUAGAUCCUCAACACAACAACAACGUUGUAUGGCUCUGAAUACUUUGGGAAAUAUCAUGGAAAAGAGCCGUAAGGGAUGGUAUGACCAGGCUCUACAACCUCCACCAUUACCUACACUGAACGAGAGGAAUAUCUUUCUGCUUUUAAGAUUUUCGUUGGAUGAUUCUUCCGUUGCUAUUGUCACAGCAACUUUGCAAGCACUUAGGUCGUUCUUGUUCAGUGAGGCAGAUGAAAUAUGCUUAGACAGAUUAAUGGGUCUUGGAGAUUACAAAGAGCCUUGUCUUGCUGUACCGCCAACUGACGUAAAAAAUAUAAGUAAUUUGCAAGAUCACGAGUUAGCCCAGCUUGACACAGUUGCUGCAGCACUUAGAUCAGACAUCAUUCUCAGGAUCAGAUAUAUUCUAAGUGAAAUGCGACCACCACCACCUGGAGUUACAGCAGCCUUAGAAAUUUUAGCUCGAUUAGCAAGGUAUUCUCAUGAAGCUGCUGUAAGCAUUGCUAGUACCCCACAACUACUGGCUACUAUCACACAGCAUUUUAUCCCACUGACGACUGAUCGUUUAGUUUCAGAGGAUGCAGUGAAUGAUGUGUAUGGAGUUCCCGUAUUAGCUGCUAUUCGUCUUUGCCGAAUUCUUGUUUGUUACGGAGGAAGAUUGGUCGCAGAAAACCUGUACUUCUACAAGGUUUUAAAUUCCCUACUGUCAUAUAUUACAGGUCACUCUGGAAAGCAUAGCAUUAACUUGUGCAUCGAAAGUCUUCGACUCUGGAAAAUGUUGUUACUCCGUGGUGUGGGAUUGGAAAGCGUUGGUGGUGCUCAAUUCACAAUAUUAUCCCAAUUGCAAAAUUUACUCAGCAACCACGAUAUUGGAUCGGCAUCUGAAUUGGCAUGUGAACAUGCAGCUGCACUGAUAACUGUUGCUGGAUUCGAACCUUCUUUAAGAUCGCACCUUUCGACACUGCUCUCUAAAUGGAGUACGCAAUUGGCAACUGUUACAUCACCUACAUGGACUAGCACAAAACUUGUCGCAAUCACACUAAUGUCAGCAGGUGAUAUUGCCCUCAUGAAACCAUUGCUGAUUUCUCAAGGAUCCAAUAUCUUCUCUACACUGUGUUCCAGCUCAAACCUACUUAGCGGCCUUGUGCAAAUUACGGAACGUGAUCCAUCGUCUCUCCCUAAUCUUGGAGUCCUAGGGCACGAAGGUCAGCUGUUGCCAGCAGUCUCGUACAAUAGUUGCAUACCUUUUUUGGCAAUGGUACUCAGCGUACUUUCAAAAUCACUCUGUAAGGCUGAAAUUCAAACAAUUCUAAAUCAACCGCAGUUCAAGAAAUAUAUAAAUAAACUUGAAUCAAUCGAUUGGAGUUUAGAACGGUCAUGGUAUACGCGAAUGGAAUUAUCCUUAGUAACUGAAAUCGUUCGCUGUGGAACCUUGUUAGGAGAUGAAUUGAAUUCGGAAAUGAGAGAAAGUAUUUGGAAACUAUCGAUAAAAUUGAUAUCAGCUUUACCUGAGGACGCUCCAUUAUACGCGAGAGAAAUGGUGCGGACUGCUUUGUCCAGAGAGAAAUUGCAAGUAGCUUUACUUGUUAACGAUCUGGAUAAGUUGAAGUUUACUCAGACCGUUAUAGAAGUUAAUCUAGAUCUUCCUGAAAAUUUGGUUCGCCUCUAUGAAUAUUUUAUUAAGUGUAAUGGUUCCUGGGAUCAACCAGCUUUGCCAAAAGACUGGCUGUACUUACCACUAGUGGAUUUAUAUGCAAAAUGUCGAAAUUAUUAUGACUAUCGCGGCUACAAACAUGUCGCAUAUCAUUGUAGCGCAGAUGAUGGUAGACUUAUUGCAAUAAUAUUGAGUCUAGAAUUAACUUUACCCGAAUUAGUUAAACACUUAUCACCUAGUGUGCGAUACAGUAGAUUAUUACUUGCGUAUUUAUGUGACACUUUGUUUUUGGAUCAAAAUGUUUCACCGUUGUUGACAAGGACUAUAUCAUGCCUUGUAAAAAGGUAUUAUAAAGAGUUAAAUUUCAAUACCGAAGUUCCAGGACUGAGUUCUUUCACAGAUAUGUUUACCACUUUGUGCGAACAUUUUUCUGCAACAUCCUAUGGAAACGAAGGAUUUGGAAUGACUUUAUUGAUACCAUUGGCACAGCGGCAUGAUGUACAUUACAGAAAAUUAUUGUGGUCUGAACAUGCCGGAGCUUUACGCUCACUUAGAACGCCAUUAGAAAUGUUAGCAAUGCCCUUACAAGAAUAUUUAUAUCCAGUCGAAGAAGAUGCUUCGCUGAUCGAAUGUUACUUAACAGCACUGGCUAAGGGCGUAGUGCGUAGAGAAUGGUGCCCAGUUAUGUACACUGUUGCAUUACACCACACUGCAAUGAAUUUAAAAGAAGAUAACAGUAAAAUAUCUAUAAAAUUGAAACCAAGAGUUGAAAAACUUGGAAACAUCGACUUGAAAAAAGAACUGCUAAAUUAUGUCCCACCCGAAUUUUAAAUCAAGAAAGUUUACUUCAGUAUAAAUUUCAAACGGUACUAUGUACGUAAACGUAAUAAACGUGACACGGAUGAAAUAAUUUUUGAUAUUAAUUUGGGGUCAUCCCAUCCAAAAUGUUACAAAUUUUUAUUUUGCUGUUUUUGAUAAGAUUAAAUACGUUUGACAACGCAUUUACUGAGAUUAUAGUGUAAUAAAAUAUCACAUAUGUUAUACUCUUCGAUAGUCUCUUGGCUCCGUUGCACCCCUGUUACCCAAUUUCUCGAACUCAAGAUGAAAAUACAAGAAACAAGUACUGGAUUUUGUGUUAUACAGUAUUAUUAUUAUUAUUAUUUUCAACGUACAUUAUAUUCUCCAUUUGUUGUAUAAUAUGUAAAUGUAAAAUGCGUUAGUUUAAAUAGACAAUAAUGAUCAUACAAAUUUGAGUAACAAUAGUAAGCGUAGAGGCACUAGUUGGUCGUUGUUCAUUGACUAUACUGAUCCUAUGCAAGUACACAUUACUGAUCCUCGAAA